CCGGGUCCUAUUAAGAGCAAACUUUGUGUUUUUGUUCUCCCAAGUUCAGCUUAGUCCUCUUCCAGGCUGCGCAGUUUCUCUGUAGCGCUCUAUUUUCUCCCCCUUUUCUCACUUCUUCCUCAAUGGUUUUGUUUUCUCGCCUGUUGGUCACUGCUGUGCGCCUGGUGCAGGGGGUAGGGGUCCGGACAGGGAGAGGAUGCGCUUUACGCAUGGACAACAACAACCACCUAAAGUUGUCCCUUCCAGCCACUGCGGGGAUGUUUUAGCGGAGAUCUAAAUGUUUUUCUGGUUUGCGUGAACAAUGCUGUGGAACCUUGGCGCUCUGACCGGGAGCAUGCUUUGGUUUCGGCUGCUGCUGCUACUGCUGUGCGUCGUUGAGUUUGGAGUCGGGGUGUCUACCUUCCAGGGGUUCUAUCUUCCACCUGCGAGCGGCUCGCUGCUCUCACCUGCCCGGAAGACGGACGGGGUAGUGCGAACCAUCGAUCGGAUUUACAACGGUGGAGGGAAGGUGGGUUACCUGGUGUACCUGGAUGGCAGGCGCUUUCAACUGGACAUGGAGCGCGAUGAGUCGGUGCUGUCGCAUCACUUCAGCCCCCACUAUGUGCUCGCUACGAUGGGACAGAGCCUCGCGCCUCUGCAGCGGGAAUGCGCGUACCGCGGGACGGUGAACUCCAACCCGGAGUCUCUCGCCGUCCUUAACCUCUGCGGAGGAGGUCUGGAGGGUUACUUCGCCGUCAACCACUCGCGCUACACCAUCACCCCCAUUAUCAGGGCGAAAGGACACGAGCACGACCUGCGCGCUCUGCACGACCGGGAUGCGGAGAGCGCGCUCCACGUGUUCACGCGCGAAAGCUUCAGCUUCGAGGCGCUGAGUGAGGGGCGCGAGAGCUGCGGCACGCGCGACGGAAAGAGAGGGCGCAGGAACGCAGCAGGACGGAGGCGAUACCGCGGGAGAGGGAGACGGAACGGAGAAGAGGGGCACGGCGCAAAAGGGAGGAGAUGGUGGAGCCGCCUUGUCAAAGAGCCCGGCGCGCGGCGCAAGAGGUCGGUGUCUCGCGCCAGGCAGGUGGAGCUGCUCCUGGUGGCGGACGACACCAUGACCAAGAAGUACGGCAAGGACUUGAACCACUACUUGCUCACACUGGCCUCAAUCGCUUCCAAGCUGUACGGACAUGCCAGCAUCGAGAACCCCAUCCGGCUGUCCGUGGUGAAGGUGAUCACGGUCACCGAGAAGGAGAAAGGGCUGGAGGUAUCCAAGAACGCGGCGGCGACGCUGAAGAGCUUCUGCAAGUGGCAGAACCAGCAGAACCCGCUAGACGACGACCACCAGCAUCACCACGACGCAGCCAUCCUCUUCACCAGGCAGGAUCUAUGUGGCCACCACUCCUGCGACACCCUGGGCAUGGCGGACGUCGGCACCAUCUGCUCUCCAGAGAGAAGCUGCGCCGUCAUCGAGGACGAUGGUCUUCACGCUGCAUUCACCGUUGCUCAUGAGAUUGGUCAUCUGCUUGGAUUGUCCCAUGAUGAUUCGAAGUUCUGCGAGGAGCGCUUUGGGGUCAACAGUCACAAGCAGCUCAUGUCCUCCAUUCUCACCUCCAUUGAUGCCUCCAAACCCUGGAGCCGCUGCACCUCAUCGACCAUCACUGACUUCUUUGAUGAUGGAAAUGCCGAGUGUCUCCUCGACUCUCCUCGUCAGCCCCUCCCCGGGCCAGAAGAGCUCCCAGGCCAAAGCUACGAUGCCAUCCAACAGUGUCGCCUGGCCUUCGGGCCCGAAUACACGGUCUGUCCGGGAAUGGACGUAUGUUCCCGCCUCUGGUGCGCCGUGAUUCGCCAGGGACAGAUGGUGUGUCUGACAAAGAAGCUUCCAGCGGUGGAGGGAACACAGUGCGGGAAAGGGCGCAUCUGCCUGCAGGGAAAGUGUGUGGACAAGACCCGAAAGAAGCAAUAUUCGGCAUCCAACCACGGCAGCUGGAGUUCUUGGGGACCUUGGGGUGCAUGCUCCAGAACUUGCGGCGGCGGGGUGCAGUUUGCUCAGCGUCUGUGCAACAACCCGGCACCACGAAACAACGGGCGUUACUGCAUAGGAAAGAGAGCCAUCUAUCGGACUUGUAAUGUCUUUCCACUGUGCCCAGCCUCAAGUAAGAGUUUCCGUCAAGAACAGUGUGAAGUCCGUAAUGGUCCCCAGACAGACCCCAAAGGGGUAAAGACCUUUGUCGAGUGGGUGCCUAAGUAUGCAGGAGUUCUCCCUAAAGAUGUGUGCAAGCUAACAUGCAGAGCAAAAGGAACGGGCUACUACGUGGUGUUCUCUCAGAGGGUACUGGAUGGGACCGAGUGUCGUCCUCACAGCAGCUCGGUGUGCGUGAAAGGGAAAUGCAUACGCACUGGCUGCGAUGGCAUCAUUGGUUCCAAGCUUCAGUUUGACAAAUGUGGUAUAUGUGGAGGCGACAACCUGGGAUGUAUACGGGUCGUUGGGAACUUCACCAAGAAGAGCAAAGGCUACACUGACAUAGUGAAGAUCCCCGCAGGGUCUACUCACAUCAAAGUCCGUCAGCACCUUGCCAAGGACCAGACCCGCUUCACCGCCUACAUGGCCCUCCGGCGGCCCGGCAGCGAGUACCUCCUAAAUGGCAAGUUCAUGAUCUCCACCUCAGAGACGAUCAUCCCACUCAACGGUUCUUUGCUCAACUACAGUGGCUGGACUCAGCAUGAUGAGUGGCUCCACAGCAUGGGUCCUGGGGCUAUCAAAGAAGCUUUGGUGGUCCAGAUUCUAGCUACAGAUGCAAAAAAGCCCCUUGAUGUCCGUUAUAGUUUCUACAUGCCGAGGUGGACAGCCCCACAGCAGCAUUUAAAUUCAAAGUUGACCUCUUUGCAGAGCACCACCACAACGUCUACCACAACAAGAUCCACCACGUUUAGCACAACUAUUAGCACCACUACCGCUUCCUCUACUCCCGCUGCUUUAGCCCUAAGGCCAACUACAGGUCCUGUUCCCUCAACCCCUCCUCCAGGUCCCGAGUGGGUAAUGGGACCUUGGAUGACAUGCUCCAGAACUUGUGAUACCGGCUGGCAGAGCCGAACGGUACAGUGCAAAGACCAGGAUGGCAGACUGUCUAAGGGCUGCAUUCUGAACGCCCGCCCCUCUGCCUUCAAACACUGUUUAGUGAAGAAAUGCUGAAGCAGCGGAGCAGGAGAAGAUGGAUGUAAAGAGACGUUUUAUUCAAUAGAUCUAAAUAGAUCUCAAGUUUUGGAUGUAGGACUUUGAACGAGUGAAUUUAAGAUGUGGAGUCUUAAAGAGAAUAAUGAAUGUUGGUGAAUAAAGCCAGGAUCAGACACUAGGAGAUUUAUAGAUAGACUGGAAAACAUGAAAAGGACUACAUUUGAUGUAGGAAUGACCUGGAAUCCUUCUAGCUAUGCAGAACAUUAACAAAACAAAGAGCUAUCGCCCUGGCCUAUCCCUGGCAUAGCUAAGUCGUCAAGUUGCAUGCAGUUUCCACAUGGACAAUAACUGGUUGUCUUUACUUCACCCUCCAAACCCUGGAGGCUUAGUGAGUCUUGCCCUGUUAUGGCAUGAGUGUCUUUUUCUGCUUCUAAGUGCUGUUGUCAGUCAGCUUGCACUGCUUUGUCCUUUGUCCUGAAUUUGUGCGAGACAAUAGCCCCAACAAUGGGUAGCACUCAAUAUUUCUUUUUUCUGUCUGCAGUAACUCAGAUUAUGGAUUGCUGAACAUUUUUUAAUUUAUAAUCUGUUGGAAGAAUGAUUAAAAAACAGUCAUUCACUGGAUCGUUGCCCAUCUUUGUGGCAAUCUUACAAGGUGUGGCUAAGAAACAGCUACAUUGUUAAUUAUACAUUUCUUGCCAUUAAUGGGAGGUUCCCAUCUUCCGAUAGUUCAUCAGUAAUUUUCCCCUAAAUACAGUAGUGAGAAAAAAUUUCCCCCCUUUCACGAUUCUUCUGAUCUUACUUUUUUGUCUCUCUUACAUGUUCCACAUUAGCAAACAAAUUACAAUUUUAGACAAAGAUUACCUGAGUAAAGACUAAAAGCUGUUUUUAAUGAUGAUUUCAUUUAUUAAGGAGAAAAAACUACCCAUACCUACCAGGCUCUUUGUGAAAAAGUAGUUGCCCCAUAGUUCUAACAAGUGGUUGUGCCAUCUUUGGUAGUAACAACUACCAUCAAGUAUUUGCAGUAACUAAAUGAGCCUUUUUACAUUCCCAUGGAGCAAUAUCAUCACAGAAUUGUUUUAAUUCAACCAAACUGUAGGGUUUUUUAGUAUGAAGGCCUGUUUAACGUUAUGCCACAGUAUCUCAGCUGGAUUCAAAUUCAGACCAAAAUCCACUAUUGUUUGAGCCUUUCAAUGUUGUUGGUGUGCUUUGGAUCGUUGUCUUGCUAAAUGACCCAGGAUUGCUUGAUCUUCACAGGCUAAUGGUUGGACUUUUUUUAUUCAGGAUUCCCUGCUAGAUAGAAGAAUUCAUGGUUUCAUCAAAUAUGGCAAGUUGUCCAGGUCCUGAAGAAGCCUCACACCAUCACAAUUCCACAACCAUGUUUGACUGCAGGCAACUUUUGUCUCAUCAGUCUACAGAAUAUUUUACCAACGUCUUGGAGAUUAAGAUGUUUUUUGGCAAAUGUAAGAUGGACCUUGAUUUCUUUUGGGUCAGCAGUGUUUUCCCUUGAAAUGUUCCAAUGGAUGGUCUUUCUUAUUUUUGAACCAUGAACAAUGACCCUAACUGAGGUCAGUGAGGCAUGUUUUGGGUUCUUUUGUGACCUCCUGGAUGAGCCGUCGAUGCACCCUUGGAAUAACAACCUGGGAAGGUUCACCACUGUUCCAUGUUUUUUCCAUUUGUAGAUAAUGAUACUCAGUGUGGUUCUGUUGAGCCUCAAAGCCUUAGAAAUGGCUUUGUAACGUCUUCCAGACUUACGGAUGUCAGUAACUUUAUCUCUCAUCUUUUCUUGAAUUUCUUUAGAUCGGGGUGUGAUGUGUUGCUUUUUGUGAUCUUCUAGCCUCCUUCGUGUUGUCAGACAGGUUCUGUUUAAAGUAUUUUUUUUUAUUCUACAGGUCUAAUAGUAAUCAGGCCUGUGUGUGGCUCCUGACAUUGAAUUCAGCUUCCCUAAUGAUGUGGUAAUCACAUUUAAUUAGUAAUUUAACAUAUAGAAGUGAUUACAUUUUCACAUAGCGCCAGGCCGGUUUGGAAAGUUUUUUCCUUAAUGAAUAAAAUCAUCAUAUUCAAACACCUUUUUGUAUUUAUUCAGGUUAUCUUUGUCUCAUGUUAAAAUUUGUUGUUAAUCUCAAACAUUUAGGUGGUACAAACAAGCAGAAGAAAACACUGAAACCAAAACAUCAACUCAUGUAUUAUACCAAUGAAAACAUGUAAUCGAUUUUCUUACUACAUGAAUCUUGUUUGACUGAUGGGAAAGAUGGGAAUGAAAAGAUUUUAUACGUUCAGAGCAUCUUCAUGAUGUCCGUAUGAGAGUGGAAAGGAUCUAGAAUGAAAGAGGAGGCUCAAUAGUUGAGGUAGCUAAUUACUGGCACCAGGGUACCGGCAGUAGAACUUUAGAGUGUCAGCUGUGUCUUAGCUGGGAAGAAAAGGACAUUCUUGUGAAUGCACACAAGCCAAACAGAGGUAGCUCACCACAAUGCUGGUGUUUGCUUCACAUAUUAACUCCCAGGGCCGCAUUGCAAAAACCUGAGUGGUUAGAUUACCCUACUUCACAUGUCCCCAACUUGGCUCUGACUACCUCCACUGACAGCUCAGAGGAGUAACAACAGUUAGUCAACUUCAGACUUCCUCAUUUACUUCGCUCAUGACAGCUAACCUGGGUAGAAGGUGUCUUAGGACACUAUCGGGUACGUCUCCUUAAUACCUCCCUUAAAAAGUGGGCUGAAAGGUCACAUUAAAGACAGAAGUAUUGCUCCUACCAAUUUUGAUAAUCAUCAGCAUAGAGUAAAAAGGUGGGGGAAACCUGACAGAGCCUGAGCUAGGACAUUCAUUCAUCAUGUACCAUGACUUUUCUGUUUUCUGCUCUGUGUUUUGAACCGUCUUCAAUCAUUUCUUAAGGUUGCAUGCUUUGUCUUAUGGGAACUGGAAUUUAUUCUGUUUUUGUGUGUUUAUCGGGUUAACAGUGAACUCUGAUAUGACAGUGUGUGCCCUGAAAACUUGCAGUGACAGAAAGGGAGAUGCUAAUGUCGCCUUUUAGCAGAUUAGUUCUUUCUUCCUUUUUUUUUUACUAGCAUAAUAUCUGCUCAGCACUGGUCAUUUCAACGCUUCGCCAUUCAUACCUUUGCUUUUUUGGUCUUUACAUGUCGAACUUUUUUAGGUAUAAAAAGGAACCACCUGUCUCACGACGGUUUGUACCAACUAUGUUGAUUUUUGUACCCGUUUUAUGGACAUUUUCUUCCCAUCAUGACAACCAGUGAUUUAAAAUCAUUACCCAAAGACUACUCAUAGUCUAGUGUAUGAAAACUUGGUAUGCAACUCCAAAAAUAAUAUCUAUGAUAAAUCCUCUAUUUCAAUUUUAAUAUCGUAUUUUGGUCCAAACUGGAACACAAUAAACUAAAAAAUAAUCAAUCCUCAGAAAAUAAUUAAAUGGUUUGUUUCAGGGUACAAAAUGCGAGUAGGUUGGAACAUAAUUGCAACAUUUGGGUAUAUAUUUGCAAAGGUAAAUGACCAAGAGUAUGAGGUAAGAACGCUGUCAAAAACAAUGUGUAUGUAAAGAUGGAAAUGUGUACAUAUUAGUCAAUCGUUGUGCAUAAAUAAAAUCCAAAAGAGGUAUUGCAUAUUUUUCUAUUCUCAUAGAAAAGAAAUCGUAUUCACAAACUGUUAUAGCAUAUUGUUUUCAUAAAGAAUAAACCACAACUGUAAACUUGAA